AUCAAAGACCAUAAACCCAGUAAUUCCUGUUUGAAUUCAGGAGGGGAAACUGGAUCUCUUCCCUUGUCUGUUUCUUGGUGCAUUUUAGGUAGUGCUUUUAAUAGUUCUCAAGCUAUGUAGUAAUGGAAGGUCUUUUCUGGAAGACUCUUGUCCCAUUGAAAUUGGGUAUAAAGGAAAAUAAAAGGUGUCUCCUGUUGUGUGUCUGUAGGUUCCUUUGUGGAAAACAUCAGGACAGCUUUUGCAGAUCACUGAGCGUGUGCAGGUGGGACUGACCUUGGUGGAUAACUGUAUUUUUGAGCACAUGAGAUCAUAUGUGGUGCCAAGUGCUCAAAAAAUUCACCAGCUUUUUAAUAUGUCAAAGCCUUUUUUGCUGCUUUAGUGGUGCAGUGGGUUGUGAUAUCAUUUGAAGUGGAAACUUCUUUGGUGAGCUGUCUUGUGUAUAUGUAUCUGUACAUGUAAUCAUAUUCAAUAUAUAAUGUAGAUAAGAACCAGGUUCAAAACAUGUUCCUCUAGUACCGUGAGAAAAGGAACCCUUCCUCAUUUUUGAUUUUUCAGGAGGUUUCAGACCUCCUGUUGCAAAAACAUGCUUUCAAACAAAGUUAUGUUGAAAUGGUAUUCUGUCCAGGAUCACUGGGGAAAGCUGUGGGUUUUGAGCCUCAGCCGAGGGAAAGCUACCUAAGAAAGAUCAUGUGGAACAGAGAGGAUGACUGGCAAGGAGAAAUGGGUCAAUUGAGAAGUGGUAAAUGGAGGGUAUGGCAAGUAGAGCCUUAAGUGUAGCUGGAAGACUUAUGUGAGCUACUAGAAAGAAGAUUUCAACCAGAGACUGAAGAGGAAACUUAUAAUGUUCUAAGCACUCAUAGAAAAGGGUGUCCAGGCUGAGGGUGGGAAGCCCUGGGUGAAAUGAUUGCAGGCUCCUCUUGCAGCUGCAGUUUGCUACUCCACUUGCCAGUAUUAGUUACUGUCAGUUCAGGAUACAACAUUCUCUGGUGAGUUAUUGUGUUUUCUGAUAUUCUUAUGGCCGUGACAGGGAAAACAAUGCAAAUAACCAAGGCAGGAGAACACAGGAUUCCACACACCUGUGUGUGAUUUCUAGCCUGUCUUGUGAGCUGAGUCAAAUGCUGCAAGACAUUGGGUUCUUAAGGAUGGUUGUAUUUUGGUAGCUACCCACCUGCUCUUAAUCAAGCAGCACACAGCAUGCCAGUCCUUCAGCUUUCCUCAGUGUGAACUACAGUGCUAAGAAGCCUUGAGGAGGCUUUUAGAAAGGAUCUACCCGAGAUUAACUAGUCAGUUCUGGCUGGAAGAGAGAGGUAAGAUUCUUGUUUUGAUAUGUUAUUUUUAGUACAACUAGAGAAGGGAAUGUAUUGCGGAAUUAGACUUUAACCAGAAAUAUUGCUUUCACUUCAUUUUAAAUUUAGUGUUUUGCCACAGUUAAUCAACAACAGAAGUAAUUAGGUUGUUUUCCAUAGUAGUACAGGUGAGAGAUCUCUUAGUGGGAGCUGAGAUAGUCAGCAUCUGAGUUAUUAACUUGGAUACCUAGAAGACAAUUUUUAUGACUUUAUGUAUGUAGUCAUAGAUCCUGAAACUAUUUAAUUUCUUUAAUGCACUGAAACUCUCCUCCAUUUUCCUAAUAUCAGUGGUGGCUUAAAGAUGCUAAAAUAAUUUGGAUUAGGACUGAAAUAGCAUUCUUAUUCAUCUCUCUUGUUUUUCUCUGAGGAAAACAUAAUAUUUUGAUAAAUGAUACUGUUUUGAAUUUAAAAUGUGACUUAAGAAUAAUGCUGCAAGGACCAUGGAGUAGCACUAAAUUUGUACCUGCAUAGUUAGAGGUUGAAAAGUUGAAAUUUGAGUAACUUGAGUAGACACAGAACUUUCUGGUGAUUCUAAUGUUCCUCUGGCUUGAGAUUGUCUAUGAUGGUAAAAUAAGAGUAAAAGGGAAAUUCUUAUGAAAUGGUUGGUGUACAAAACCCAUGCUGGGAUCUGGAAAAGUUUUUAGCACCACAGCAGAGUAUCUCAUCAGAAUACGUUAAUAACUUUUUGAAAACAUAAAAUAUUGAUGAUAAUUUGAAAAAUAAUAUUUCAAAUAUUAUUAUCUCUGAGAAAUUGUGAAAAAUAAAGGGGGAAGGGAGUAAAAUUACAUAAGCACUAACUGAGACAAGCUGAAAUAUAGAGGAAGUCAAGCCAAGUGAAGGAAACCUGGGAAAAUUUAGUCUUAUACCCUUUCUGUUAUUCACUGAGCAAUAAAGCUGUUCAUUUUUGAGUUUGAAAUAACAUAUUCUCAUAUGGCUGUGCAGGGGGGCUGUGCAAAUGAACUAAAUUAAUUGAUGUGUAUGGAUAAGACCUUGAUACUUUUCAUGUUUCGCAUUCAUAAAGCAGAAACUUUAAAGAAAAUGAAAUUAUGCAAGGCAGGUGUUUUCAUCAGACACAGAGCAUUUUUUUAGCUUUGCCUAUAAGGUACAAAAUCCUGUUAGGGUUUUGUUAUUAAUCCAAAUGGAUCUGGGCCCUUGUCCUGUGAUUUGGUGAUAAACCAUUUAAGCUAAUGGUACAGUUUGUUCAGUAGGAGAGAUAAAUCACAGCUUCUCUCUUGAGAUUAUAGUAGUGUGUUAGUCAAAGCAUAAUGGUGGUGAAUCAAUUAGGAUUAGCAGCACAUAUUAAGUUAAAACAAAAAAACUGACAAAUGAAAAAAUACAGAAUUAUACCAUAUGACAUUUUAAAGGGAAACUUUUUGUAUUUCUGGUUUGAAGUUAGCAGCACUCCUAACACUGAGUGAUUAAUUACCUGAAUUGAGUAAUAGCUACCUCAUGAGAACACACAAUAUUUAUUAACUUAUGGUACACCUUGAUUCUGUUGUUUUGUUUUACAUUAAACAUCAUUGGAGAUUCAUUGUAAGAGACAAAGGAUUUAACAAACUUAUUUGGGCAUAGAAGGCUGCAGUAGCACUAAAAUAUGCCCCAGCAAUAGCAUGAAGGUCAGAUGUGUAUUGUUUUUAAUGCUGUGCAUGCAGUACUUCCCAUGAAGUGCCUUCAGAAAAAGAAAUAUCUCCCAAGUUCUAAUUGCUGAUUUUUUUUUUUUUUUUUUUUUUUUUUGGAAGGACAUAUAGUUAUGAGGGGUUUUGUAAGGUGCUGUUCUCACCUCUCCCUCACAGGGAUAAUCAGAAACUCUCAGUCAGAAAGGAGCACCUUAACGUGUGGUAGUCGUUCGUUACGUUUGGCAGAACAGGUCAGUGCACACAGAGAGCAAAGUGGAACGUUUCUAAUGAAACGUGAUGCAGUUGUACUUCUUUAAAAAUUGAAGAAGUGGCAUGCAUUUUGAUAAUGGGAUAAUGGAGAGCCCCUACCCCAGCUCUCCUCUCUGAUCACAGUCAUUAGGCUGCAGAAUAUUAAGAGCAGAGCAACUGGGCGUAACAGCCGACAUUCAACAUCUGUCACACUGGAGUCCAUUAGUGUUCAAUUGCAUCCUAUUGUUUCUGGAUUAUUCAACCUCACUUCAUUGUCAUUGCUUUUCCUAGGGAUUAAUCAGCUGUUUACAACUACACCAAGUUUUGGAGUCAUAAUGAAAACAAUUGAGCUAUAGUUCUAAAUAAAUAUACAGUAUUCAGUCUCUAAUGAAAAAAGUUACUAAUUUAUGAAUGCUGGUAACAAUUUAAUUAAGUUUGAAAUCAAUACAGAUAAUAAAUCAUUGUGUGGUGGGUUCCCCCCCCCUUGUAUGUACAUCAUAAAAUGAUUGUUUGAUAUAUCCUCCUAAGUUUAUGUAGCUGUGGUCUUAAUAGUACAAGUACAGUAAAAGAAAGAUGUUUUGGUUAUGUGGGUGUAUAUAGGGUGGCUUCUCUAUCAUUACAGUUGGUAGCAGAAUUGAUCCCUUACUGCCAGCAAGCAGAUUUCUGUUUUUCACAUAGUCUUUUGUUCUCAUUACUUAUUUAGUGAUAUUGCUAAAAAGACACUUCUAACCCACAUAAAAUGCACAUAUAUGCUUUAAUACGGUGUAUUAAAAACAGCAGUUUUCAGAUGAUUUCUAUACUUGCAUGUUUUUGUGUGUGACUAUCACAACCUAUCUGUGUAUUUUUGCAAUCAUUAUUACAUUUUAACUGUUUAAGGAUAUUUCAGUGAUUUCAUGACACUGAAUUUGCUUACAGGCAAAUAUACAAUUCCCAUUUUUCUCAAGAUACAGUUCUGACUGCAAUGUUGUGUACUUUAUACAGUAUUAAAAUUGUGCUUGCCGAAGGGUUUCUAGUGGUUUAAGUUUGCUUAUUUUGGUACCAUAUGUGCAAAACAUUAUUCUUGGCUGUAUAUCAUUAGGCUAUUUCUCCUGUUUCAUUAAAGCAGCUAUUUCUUCUAUCCUCAAUACCUCACCAGAAUUUUCACGUGCUUUAAUGUACAAAUGCUACAAUGCACAGAGAUUUUUUUUUUCCCCCUGUGUUGCAACAGAUUUAUCCUUUGAAAAGAUCUUUUGCUUAACUGCCCAGGGUCAGCCAGACACUACUCCAGAUGGCAAGUUGUUAGGGCUGGACAGAAUGGCUUUGGAAGACUUCUCACCAGAUGAAGGCUGUAAUGUUCAGAUUUUACUGUUCUGGUUUUUUUUUUUCUUCCCUGCCUGUAGUUCCCAGGGUGGGAAGGUACUGGGAUGGAAGCAGUGUGCCGCCUGCCCACCUGCUACCACCUGUUUGGCUUUUGCAGUUCCUAUAAAGCCUCAUCUUGUCCAUACAACACAGUCAUUGCUGGCCAGCAGGAGCCAAAGGAGAGAUCUGUGUUAGGAAGUUACAUCUUCAGAUCGCAACCAUUCACCAUUUCAAAAUACUCUCCUAAACUGAACCAGAACUUCCCUCAUUUAAAAUAGUCGUUUGGAAUCCUAGCUGGAAUAAAUGGAUCAUUUUCUUCAGUAACAUACAUUCUGAGAAGGGAGAUUUCAUUGUUUUCUCUCUGCUUGAGAUUAAAGAAAUUAAAAGAAUGAAAGCAUAAGACAUUAACAGUUCUUCAUUCUUUCUUUAAACUAGAAGAAACAUUUUUGGACAUUUCCAGAAGAACAAGAAGAUUUUUCUUUUUUUUUUCUUUUUUUUUUAAGAAGCUAAGAAAAAUAUUUUGUCACUGAGAUCUGGAAACAGAUUCAAGAGGUAUGCAGGCAGCUCAAAACAGUGCUUUCCUGACCACUUUCUAAAUAUCUAAUUUUUACAAAGUAAUCUUUGUGUGUGUGUAUGAAACUGAAGCUACAUCAAAUAUGAAAACCUGUAAAUCCAGUCACUCAGAUUCAGGUGUGGAAUCAGACAUGCAGUGCAGGAGUGGAGCUGGCUGUGUUGUGAAGUGCAGUUCGGAAAGGAUGGAGAACGCUGCCAAGAGAAGACUGGCUGCCAACGCCCGGGAGAGACGGCGGAUGCAGGGACUGAACACGGCCUUUGAUCGCUUGAGGAAAGUGGUCCCGCAGUGGGGUCAGGAUAAGAAGCUGUCCAAGUAUGAGACCCUGCAGAUGGCCCUGAGUUAUAUCAUGGCUCUCACCAGAAUCCUUGCUGAAGCAGAAAGGUACAGUACUGAGCGGGAAUGGAUUAGCCUGCACUGUGAGCACUUCCACCCCGAGAGCUACCACCAUUACACGGGACAGAAACUGGCCAUGGACAGUGAUCCGUACGCACAGCGGAUAUUCAGCUACCACCCGGAACACUUUCAAACAGCUAAUUAGAACUCGUGAACUAAGAAUAUGCAGCAGAUGUGUAAUUUAAUAAUUAGCAAGAGUUAAUCUGCUUGACUAAGGUAAUAUUGGCAUUAUAAUAGCUCAUUUUGUUCGCCUCUUCUACUAAUUUGGCGAAUUUGCUUUGAGAACUUCAAAAUGCAUUUAAGAAAAUUGAAUUUAUUUAAUGCUAGUGGAAAGUAUACUUUUAAUUUGAAGUCUUUCUGACAAUUGUUUCCUAGUUCAUCUAGUUCAUUUGCUUUUUUCAUUAAGUAAGUUUUUGGUGGUUUUUUUUUACUGUGAUGAAUCAUGACAGUAUUUCUACAAAUCAUGGAACAAGUUGACCCAUGGUGUAACUGAAUGGAAUACCAGCAGAAAUUAACUUUGUUCCAUGUUUUUAUUUUUAUGUCAGCUUUAAACUUAUUCUUUGGUUUGUUUUCACAGAAAUGGCUCCCAUGGAAAAAGUUUUAUAAUGUAUCGUUGUUCUAGUCCUCAGAGAACUAACUUUCUUAAACUUUGUAAGUUUGACAUUAUGGGUUCCAAGGUUGUGUAGGUUUGCUUUAAUCCAAUUUAUGGUGUUUCUUGUAUGCUCAAAAAAGAGCUAGUUUCAAGUCAUGGAAAGAAUGUUUUAUUUUUAGUGGUUGUAAAAGCAUGUGUGAUUAUAUACCAUAAAUGAGGAUGCUCGCGUGAAAAUACUCUAAACUUUUAGAUUUUUGUAGACUUUAAAUGAUUUUAUUUUUUAAUCCUGUGUUAUCUGGAAACAAUAACAGAUUUUGUAAAUCAUAAAUAAAGUGUUUUCUAUGCUAUGUCCUCACCAUCUACCUGAAAUUCCUACUCUAGGAAUUACUUACUAGUGAAUUUCCUACACCAAAUGUUACACUGCUUCCAUCACAAUCCUGGCAAUUUAAUAUGCAGAAGAACCCUGCUGCCAAAUGAUACUUGCUUCCCAGUUACAGUAAGGAGUGUGUUUUACGUACCCUCUGGAAAACAGCCUCAAAGAUAAGAGCUUGGGAAAAAAUGAUGGAGCAGUCGAGUUCAUUUCAGCCCCAGUAAUGUGCUGAAUGGCCUUUUGUUUGCUUGCUGCUUUCACUUGGGGGGGACUGAGGGGUCUGGGAAGAAAAGGUGGAAGAGGAAAGGAGGUUGGGAAGAUGAAAAAAGGAGCAGGAGCAGACUGGCUGAGGAAGCAGAUGUGUUUGUAGCAGGGUGGAGAGUCUGCAGGAGUUCAGCUGCUGAUGCCUGUUGUGAUGGCAGCAGGCUGAAGCUCAGGGGUCCUUCUGCUGGUGCUGCUGUGGGGAACUCCUGAGACGAGUCCUGGCUGGUGUUAGCCACGAGAGAGAAGGAGAAAAGGAGCUGCUGUCCCACAACAGCUGUUGGUGGGUUUCCAGCAGGGAAGGCUGGCAGGUUCCCUGCUGGCUGCUGCCAUGUCUUAUAUUUGAGAAUUCUUUCAAAUGACAAAUUAUUAGCUUUGAUAGGAGCUAUUUUUGACAAUUAAGCAGCUUUCAGAGAAAACAAAAGCAUCCACAGGAACUAAACCCUGCUUUGGGGAGAGGGCCUGUGCUGCAGGAGCAGUUACAUACAGACACCUGACCUCACUGUCUGUCUUCUGCCAGAGCCCUUCCUGACGUUUUGCCCUUGGUCACUGUUGUGAGGCUUGGACGUUUCCUGAGGUGGGAGUUGGAUGGUUCCUGGCGUGGAAGCUGCUGGGACACUUUCAGGCCAGGUUAAACCUCUGUGGAAGAGACAUUGUGUAUUCUGAGCAAUUCUCUCCUUUUAAACACUGGCAUACAGGAAUGGUUUUUUAAUUGUAUAUUUAGCCUCUCUAAAAGCAGUGAAUAGUGUUAAUUAUUAAAAUGUGGGCCUUUGCUUUUUAUGAAUUACAUUAGAGCUUUAUUAGCAAAGAGAAAGCAGAUUCAUCCUUGUAGGGGUAUGAAGGCAUGUUACUCAUAGAUACAAUAGAAUUAAUUGUUGUUCAUCAUAUGGUCAAGUUAAUACUGUUUAGAUAUUAUCAUUAAGUGACAAGUUGAUGUAUGUAAUGGGAACGAAUGCAAUUCUUAAAUAAUUAAAUGCUGUGCCAUCUUACCCUAAUUUAUUAGCUGUAAACUUAGGCAGACACUGUCUCACCUGCACUGCUGGCACAGUAGUGGGUUUUCCAUACCAAAAUGGGAAUAUGAUACAAAUAAAUCAUGUGAUUAUAUGCCAUGGAAAACUUGGAUUGGUGAAAGAUAUCCUAAAGCUGAGGUGGGAAGGAGAUCACAGUACAAAAGGAUAAAUACCAGAGUAGUGUUCAAGAACAAGACUGUGUUUGUCUCUACUGGCACAUGAUUUGUUUUUGUGGGACAUGACACUGCAGUUUAUAUGUAAUUCAGGUAAAAGUACUUGACAUCUAUUUCUUUUCCAAGUUUGUUUCUUCCUCAGAACAUUUUAAUUUACUGUCUACUGCAUAUGAUGAUAGAUAUAGUUAAAAAACCAAAUUAGUAUGCAGUGAAUAAUUAAAUGGUAGUAAGCUCACAUGAAGAGGAACAAAGCAACACAAACUAUAAAAUAUCUGUGCUCACAUUACCAAAAAUUAUUAAGAAUUGAAACUGAAGCCCUAAAAAGCGCUGAAGUGCAGUACAUAGAUUGUGAACCCUUGUAAAUCAGGUCAUGGCACCAAUCUCUGCUGUUGAGCACUAUAAUGAGAUUUAUCAUUCCCAUUCUCUUAGAUUUUAUUGUGGUAGUGGGAGGUGAAUGUUUAUUGAUAAUAUUAGUAAUAUUACCAGUGGGAAAAUUGCGGUGGUUUUGUGCCUUUUUUUUUUUUAAUAUAUAUAUAAUGCUGUAGUAUUUUUGUUUCUUGGGAGGGUGCAGGUUUGAGCUGUAAGUUGGUAUUUCUGGUUUACUAUAGUACAGAAGGCAGCAGAGUAAGUCCUUUGUAGUGUGUAGACAGCUGUCUGUCUAUUGAUCAUCUGCCAAAGCUUUUUGGAGAGUGAAUUGGGGUGGUGAGAGUUUUUAAUCAUUAAAAAUCCUUUCAGAAGGCAGUCUGAAAAGCAGAUAAUAUCCAUGUUGGUUGUGACUUCUCAGACUCAACAACUAUUCAGAAAGUAAUUAGUUUCUUUUAUAGCUUUCCUUUACAAAUACUUCAGUGACAGUUCAUGAAAUAUAAACUUAACUGUUUAACUUGGAUUUGAUUAUUGCUCCCGAAUACUUGUUCCCCACUGACUGUUUGAUGCUUGUCAGGUAGCGGCUGUGAGCCACCUUCUGUACUGGACUUUACUGGAAUGGGCAUCUGAAACCCCCUCCCCUUAAAUAAUGAUUGCUUCUAAUAAGCCUCCAAAUGAAGCAAAAGCUUAGGUGCUUAGAGCUGGGUGUGUUGUUAGUGACCGAGUUUUGUCUGCUCAUAAAUCCUGGUCCCACUGAACAGCAGUGCAAACCUGAAAUGCUUCUGUUUGUAGUAUCAGUACUACACCUGACACAUCUGUCCAGUUAUCACUAAUUCUAGAACCACAUUAUUGUGAAAACAUUAGGGAUGAGAAAUUCUUGCUUCAUUAAGUAUCUAUUUGUGUUCUACACGCAUACAUGUUUCACUGUUGAAAUUCAGGAUGAAAUUCUAAUGAACUCUUUGUGGGAAAUUAACCUCUGUCUUUCUGAAAGGGUUUCUGCAGGGCUUUCUUUUUGAAGUAGCUACAGAUACUCUGCUUCUCUGAUUCUUUGAAUCAUGUCGCCCUGUUUUGCCAUGCCCAGAGUUAUUUUUGAGCUUGGAAUUAGAGUGAGAGUUUUAACUGCAGUGACUUUUCAGUGGCUGAAAGCAGAAUUAGCUUUCCCACAUAGUAGCACGUUCCCAAAAUGUGUGUUAGUAACAAAAAGUCAGUGGUUGCUUCCUGUCUGAGUAUUGAGAUCUUUAGCAGAUAUGUAGUAGCAUGUCUUACAGCUUCCAUUCAUUCCAAUUUUUUAGGCUUCUGUUUUCCAUUCUCACCAUUUAUAAGGUAUUUAGGGCACGGCCCAUCUCGUAAUUUACACACAUAUAGGACAAAACUCAGCUCUUGACUGGAAUUCCAAAAUAACACCAAGAACUGAUGCUGCUGUACUAAUUCUUAAAAGUAAAAAGGGGACCAACCUCCAUUAAAGACUUGUAAAGUCAAUGACAUGGCAACUUCUUAGGUAUUUCUGUGUUUAGCUGACUUUUUCCAUCUUGUUAAGUAAACUUUCCUGGUGAAAUCUUUGUGGAAGUCCCUCCUGUGAUUGACCAGGCACAGGUUUUAAAAAAAAUACUACAUCCAAGCAAAUUUUUGAUUUUCCAAAGGAAGCUUUUGCCUUAAGAUAGAUACCCUUACACUUGGGAUUCCAGCUAUUUCAGCUAAGCAAUAUGGAUGCAGUUUUCUGUGGUUCAGGAGUGAAACUUAUCUAGAUUUUUUAAAAUAAGAGUUUGCGGAACAUCUGCUUUUUGCUCUAAAUAUGUCUAAAAAAAUGUUCAGCUCUUCUAUUUCUAGAAAUGUCCAGGGUAAAAAACCACAUGCGCUGAGGAUAAAGACAUAUUUAUUCAUGGAAGAAGCAGUCCAGUGUUUCCUCUACACAGAUAUCUUAUAACAAACAUUGAUUUCACCUAGUACUUGUGAACUUAUUAAAAAAUGCUCUAUAUUUUUAACUUUAAUUACAUUCUGAGAAAUAGUGGCUUUCAAAACCCCAAACCAACCCCCUGUAUAAUAUACAAAUGUAUUUUCUACCAAAGAGUACGUUUUAGUAUUGUCUACAAGUUUUUUCCUAAUGUGUAGUCCAGUUUUCAUUUGUACCGAAAUUAGCAUGCAAAAUGUAUCUUUUUACAGGAUUUGCUUAGAAUAUCUCCAUAUGUAACUCCAAGGAAUAAGAAGUUAAUUUUUGAGUGGCUUCCUGCAGCCUGGGGUGCAUAGUAAUUUUUUUUUUUCUAAAAUUUCAGAUUGUCUUCAAUAUUUUUCAAUCUCUUUAAAAAAAACCAUGAUGCCUGCUGCUAACAGACUGUGUGACCAUAAAGGAUGUUUGUUUCUGAGCAGAAUUCCCCCUGCUGUAAGUGGAGAACUCCACUUAAAUUCACAGCACAUACGGCCCAGGAUUUCUUUUUAUUAUGCAAUAAAUGGUUCUUUAUGGUGGACUUGAAAUAUAAAGGCGUUAAUAAAAGCAGCUUGUGUUGCUUAGAGGAAGCAGCUGAGCUAAAAUGGUCUUAAGAAGGUUUUCUCUGACCUGGCAGGCACAGAAGUACACAGGAAUCAGGUAAGAAUGGAGAAGUGUGGUUAUGGGAAAGCAAAAUCACAAGCAGCAAAUGUGUUGGCACUCAUCCUUUUUUUGGUUCUGUUCUUCUGUAUCUGAUACCCCUGAGAAUACUUGUUCUUUCAACCUUAGGUGAAGAGGCUGAGGUUAUCAGCAAAAGAAAGCAUAAUUUAAAAUCAAAGGAAACUGAUAUCAAGAAUUGUUUAAAAAGGCAACAACUUUAUUUCACAACUAUCUGCUAGAAGCAUGGCUAGUAUAUAACUUGACAGUACUUUAUGAUUUUCUUCUAAAUAAUGUAAAGUCUGAUUCUAUUAAUCAGCUGUCACAGCAAAGUUCUGAGAACUUCUGGCAUUGUUGCACAUUUAUUCAAAUUAUUCAAAUGUGUGAACGACACAGUCUUGUAUGCAACUUUGAAGCAUUUGUUUAAGUUCAGGUGAGAUGAAGGGCAGGUGUUUUGUUUUUCCUUUCAUGUGGACUUAAAAUGUACUUUAAAACUGAUAUUAACAUUUUUUCUUCCCAGUGAGAAUGACUUUGGUUCAAAAAAUAAAAAAUAUCAACUUUAAUUAAGAAAAGAUAUAAACUAGAAUCUUAAAGCUCAAAGUGAACAUCUUUAUAUUGGAAAUAAUAAGAUAAUUAUCAAUGAAUCACUUCUCAAGUAUUUUUUUCAGUAUAAAUAUUUUGUUAAGUCUUGUAAAUAAUUUUUUUUAUGACAUUUUCCAGAAAGUAAUGCUUUUAAACCUGGUAGCAUUAAGAACACAGUUCUUAAAUGAAUUCUUAUUCCAGACUUGUUGGAAAUACCUACAAUUACUGUGAUCAGUUGGGACUGGCAUUUGUUUAUGUAUUAAGAUGAAGAACUGCAGACCUGGCUUCUCCUGUUUGAAGUGUGUGCUCUUAUCUCCUCACACUGGCAGACGUGAGGCAUUGGGAAGGGUUGUUCCACCUUCCAGAUGAAAACAAGGAACUCAAUGCAGCAGUUUUAAGGCAAGAGGUCCAAUGAUACCAGUGCAGCCCUCUGUGCUGCUGCAGGCUGGGUUGGCAUCCAUCUGGACCAAAAUUUUAAAGCAAAGACAAUACUUUCUGAAUCUAGAAUUGCAAUGCAAAUGCUGUCAUUUCUGCUUGUUUUCAGUAUACUGUGCCUCUGAUUGUAUACAAAACCAGGACUUUGAGGAAAGGGGAAACUAAAUAAACCUCAAGAUUCUGAAUCAGUAAACACUUGAGAGGUUACGAACCUGGCCAUUUCUGUGUUGUAGUGAUAGAGCACUGUGCUCCACACUGGGGUGGUUUCAUGGACUUUUGGAAGUUAAUAGCUAACAGUGACCUCAGCGGAAGGUCUAGCAUUGAUUUUUGUUGCUGCAUUAGCCUGCCCUGAGCCAGAGAAUGAAAUGCUGUGUUAGUGUGGAGUCAGAUCAGUUCUUCAAUAAACACCAGCGACGAGCAGCUGUGUUGGUCAGGAAGGAGCACAGUUGCACAGGCUCUGGCACAGCUUGACAUAGUAUGGGAAGGCAGUGCCAUCCUUCACAAGCCCACAACUUAAACAACUCAGUGCUGUCUCUGCUGCUUACACAAGCCUUUUUCCAUUGGCUUUUCCACCACUUAACAACAAACAUAAUUUUGGUGUCUUUUUCUAUCGAGUCUUCCUUGUGAUGAGCAUAUCAAUACUACUAACAGCAUUUGACAUCCAUUCACAUAAGCUGCCUGUACAGACUCGCUUUAUAGGCUCAGUGUAUGCAGAGGAAAAGUGUUCUGUAACAGUUAACUAACAAAAUGUAAUGACUACAGACCAUUUGGGAUCAGAUUCUGAUUUUGUUUCUAUCAGAUGCACUGGAAGUAAUUCAAAUUAGUGACUUCUGCGUUAUGCAGGGAAAUGUGAUGGAUUUUGAUCCUUUUGCAAGCACUGACCAGGAGAGAAUGUUCAGCUGACAGAUUCUGGUGAUCCGUUUUCUGUAGUCUAACUCUCGGUGAGAUUUCUAGGGCCCCUUCUUGAAUGACUAAGGAUUAAUCCUCCUUGCACAGAUCUUUUGAAAAAGUUUUUGAACAGUAGCUUCUCGUCCUCCCACUUCCAGAGAACUGAA